UAUUAAUCCACUAGAUAUAGUUGUCUUAUAUACACUUUUCCAGACCUUGUUAGGGAGGCGUCGGUGUUACCGGCGUAUCCAAAGGUCCCCGCAGACAGAAGCAAAACUUUCGUCACACAGAGCCCUGGCCUUGUGCUUUGCAGAGGAGAGGACCAGCGCAUCUGCAAGAUGUCGCUGGAGGUUCAACCAAAGUAUGACCGCAACUUCCAUGACGAAGGCGCAGGGUUGGUGGAGUUGGGCAGCACAUCUGGCAGCCAAGGAUUAAAGCAGCCAGGGGCGCCCAAAUAUGCGGACGAUGAUGACCUACUGCCAGUGGUACUUGAACGCUACCUUGAGAAGGCUGGUGUCAUGCAGAAGCUGCGCCCAUAUUUGGACGUCACAGGCCAGGUCAAGAAUGAGUUUGCCCGCUGCUUAAUGGCUGAAUUCUUUGGAACGCUGCUGUUCCAAAUGUUCGGUGGUUCUGCACCCGCCAAGGAUACUACAGCGCCAGCUGCUAACGGCUUCGCGUUAGUUGCAGUCAUUUACGCCUUCGCAAAUAUCUCUGGUGCACACAUUAACCCGGCUGUCACUUUUGCGCUCAUCUGCACGGGCCAUAUGAAGUGGUGGAAGGGCCUACUAUACAUGAUUGCCCAGAUUCUUGGCGCCAUCUUCGGUGCACUGAUUUACGCUGGCCUCAUUCCGGCGCUCCACCUUGGUGCUGGCGCGGGCUCGCCUGGCUGCUUUGGCCCAGCAGCUGGUGUGCGCAAUGGAGACGUGUUUGGCUGGGAGACGAUGAUGACCUUCCUGCUUGUAAUGACCGUGUACGCUGCGGCCGUUGCCAAGCCCGGCCACGGCAAUACUGCUCCCCUGGCUAUUGGUCUUUCGCUGUACGCCGCUGCAAUUUCAGGCGGCCCGUUUACAGGCGCGAGCUUGAACCCUGCUCGUACGAUUGGCCCCGCCGUCGUCUUCACAUGCAACGUCGGCGUCUCCUUCCUAUACAUAGCUGCGGAGCUGUUCGGCGCCGCCUUGGCUGCCGGUCUGUCUAUUUUCCUGUACGGCCGUGCCCCGGCCAGCGUCCGGACGACUGGCUUGUGAUCGCGUUAUUGCCUUACGAUGACUAAACGUGGGACCUCGCCACGUGCCCUCUGUCGCCGUUUCAUUGAAUUGUGACGUAUGGGGUUAGUGGCGUGCGGAGCUAAUGACAGAGUCGUGCGCGCACCGGGUGUUCAUUUUUGCAUUGUUAGCACUUCGGGCCUGCGACUUCCUAAGUGACGGAGAUGUAGCAGUAUAUACAGUUGGAAAAUUGCUGAUCGCGCGGUGCAUUUUUCGAGAUAUGCAGUAUCUGACUGUAGUGAUGUGAUUUGAUAAUGACCUGAUGGAACGCUUUUCACUUAUACGUGUGACUCAUGCACGUGUGUCGAGCAAGGCUGGGACUGCCUGCGAAACCAGGCGAAACCAGCAGCGUCCAUGUGGAUUCAAAUUGUGAGUUUACCAAGCUUGGAUGGCAUGUCCAUUCACUGUCACCAUCCUGCCCAUCCUCCGAACUGUCCCAGAACCAGGAGCUCAUGGUUUUGAGUCAUGGAUGCAAGCGUAAGCCGCCAGGGUCGAAAUUGCAGCGAGUGCAUACUCGCAGAUGCAUGUUAGCAAAAUUGGAUGCAUGAAACAUUAAUAGCAGCCUCAGAAGUACUGUCGCGCUGCAUAAAUGAAAGCAGACUCAUGCUGAUAAAUUCUCCUAUAAACCAUCGACCACGUUCGACUAUGCGUCAACAAAGUUUGUGGACGGAUUGAGUAGAAACAGCACACUGGCGGCUUUUAACAACCGAGCAAAUGGCCCAUUGGAACCCGAUAAAUUUAACAGUGCAAACGCCCCAGCACACACUGCCCGCUGAAUUUGCAAACGCCGUCGUGACUUUCUCCCUCGUUCCUGCACCUUUCCCUCGUUGCCUUCAUGAUGCUGCACCGUCGCGGGCCCCGCACACGCUGGUCGGCAGUCCGUUUCCGUAAUGCAGCCAGUGCCUCCCUGACGCUGCGCCAGCGCUGCCUCAAGCUGUCCGCAACGCAGUUUGGUGUACACGAAAAGCAGGUCAGAAUACCCGCAUGUCCCUGCAGCUACAGCGGCCCCAGACACGCCAACGCAAGUGGCAACGUACUUCUCCACGCUGCUGCAGCUGUGUUGCCGAGUCGUGAGGCCCCCGCUACAACUCACCGCCGACCCAUGGAUCGCUCCAUUAGCACUGAGGAUAUGCUCACAGAACCGC